AUGGGACGGCGACAAUUCGCCGAGCGGCCCCCGGCCGAGUCUCCUCCUCCCGCUGCCGGCCCCGCCUCGCCUCCCGGGAAGACGCUCGGGCGUGUGGGACCUGCGGGGUCUCCGCUGUGGAUUGUGCCGAGUGCUGUCACUUCCGAGGGGCUCCUGCUGCUCUCUGCCCUCCGGGAAUCGCCGGUGGUGCCCGGUCCGGAGAUGGUCCAGAACUGGACCCAGCAAGUGUCACCACUGAUGUGGCCUCACCAGUGCCCAGUACAGGGGGAUGGUCACUGUCCUGGUCCUGUUGGCCACACCAUCGGUGACACAGACCAGCUUUCAGCGGGUGUCAGCUCCUCUCUCCGAGUGCCAAGGUGGCGGCACGGAGGUGCAGACGUGACACGCGGUGAGAGAACGCUCCGCACGGGGCAGCGAUUGAACCCGGCACGGCUGAAAGCUUUACUCGCACUCACUCCGGUAAUAACCCGGCCAGAGCCAGAAUUCGGCUUCAUCCAGCGCUGGACCAGACACAGAGCGAGACACAAAGCGCUGCGAGCGGCAGCGAACGAGCAGGACGGGCCCCCGGCCCCUCAGGCUGCCGCGGACAGCGCGGCGCUCCCGCCGCCCCCGGCCCGGCCCCGCUCCCCGGCCCCGCCGCCCCUUCCUCACCCUCGUACUCCAGGCUGGCCCGGGCGCCCAGGGCGAGCAGCGCGCCGAGGAGCAGCCAGCAGCUCCCCAUGCUCCACACGGCGGCCCCGCCCGGCCCGGCGCUGCAAAGGAACAGCAGCACCAGCAGCAGAUGCAGAGGCAGGCAGAGGAGGAAUGGGACGGCGACAAUUCGCCGAGCGGCCCCCGGCCGAGUCUCCUCCUCCCGCUGCCGGCCCCGCCUCGCCUCCCGGGAAGGCGCUCGGGCGUGUGGGACCUGUCGGGUCUCGGCUGUGGAUUGUGCCGAGUAUUGUCACUCCCGAGGGGCUCCUGCUGCUCUCUGCCCUCCGGGCCCGCCCUGGCCCGGAGAGGGUUACAGAAUCAAGGAAUCAGAAUGGUUUGUGUUCGAAGGCUCCGCAAAGAUCGCCUCGUUCCACCCCCACCGCCUCCGCUGGACUCGGUCCAACACUUGCCUGUGCUGGUGUCCCCAGAACUGGAUGCUCUAUUCAAGGUGGAGUCUCAGCAGAGCAGAGGGGCAGGAUCCCCUCUCUGGACCUGCUGCUGUUGGUGCAGCCCAGGUGUGGGGUCCCGGCUCGGUGCCGUGAGCCCCGGGCUCAGACAGGGCACGGAGCUGGCCCGGACUGUCUGUCGGUGUGUCUGUCACCCAUGUCCUUCCAUCCGUCCCGCCAGGGCAGGCACCGAGGCAGGGAGGCUCCUGGUGACCGAGGGUCCCUUAUCUGGGAUAGGGAGGAUGAGCCCCUCGUGCUCCCUCUGGUAACUUUUCUGGCACGGUGGGACAUCUCUGGGGAAGUGUCAUGCUGCCGGCUCCCGUCCCGUCCCAUCCCAUCCCGCAGUGCCUGCCCUAAGUCAUGACAGUAAGAAAACAAAGUAAUCACAUUUCUCAUUAACUUUUUGAGCUGCCGGGGUGUUGUGGAGUUACAUUUUAAGGCUUCGUUCCAUAACCACAAAGACUGGAGGCUUUCUUCCCUGCCUUUCACAUGAAAGCAAAUUCCCUGGACACUCCAAGCCUACAGAGGCAGAGGCUUCAGGCAGAGCAUCCUAUGUUCCUUUUGAUUUCACAUCUGUCUACCCUGCAGCUUCACCACAGGAGUGCCUCUGGUUACCUCCCCACCUGGAUCCCCUAAUUUGCUGUCUGAGACUGAGACGUGCACAGUAGUGACUGCACCUCCUGCAUCCCCGAGGCCAGGCUAGAGCUCCUCUGAGUAAAAUACCUGGUAGAGCUGGGUGGGCACUGGGACCUGAGCACAAACUCUUCUCCAAGUUGCUCUGCCUAA